AUGGCAGCGCGAACCCGGAGACCCUGGCUGAGCGUGGUGUUGGGGCUGGUGCUGGGUUUCACCGCCGCCUCCUGGCUCAUCGCCCCUAGAGUGGCCGAGCUCAGCGAGAACAAGCGGCGCGGCGCCAGCCUCUGCUCCUACUACGGCCGCGCGGCGGGGCCGGGGGCGGCCCUGGGCGCGGCGGCGGCGGGCGGGCAGCAGGCGCCGCCGGGGAUAGCGGCAGUGCUGGGCGGCUCGAGUUUCAGGAGCAGCCCCUGGGAGCUGCCGCCGGCGGUGGCGGAGGGCACGGUCUCCAGCCCCGCUGCCGGCGGGGAAGGGGAGCCGGAGGAGGAGGAGGAAGGCGGCGAGAAGCGGAGAGACCGGCCUGGCGGCAGCCACAACGGGAGUGGGGACUGGGGGGGCGCCCAGGGCUGCACGAAGCCCCGCAACUUCCUCUACGUGGGGGUGAUGACGGCCCAGAAGUACCUGGGCAGUCGGGCGGUGGCGGCGCAGCGGACGUGGGCGCCCUCGGUACCGGGCCGCGUGGAGUUCUUCUCCAGCCAGGGCUCCGCCGCGCCCCCAGGGAUGCCCCCGCUGCCCGUCGUCGCACUGCCAGGAGUGGACGACUCAUAUCCGCCGCAAAAGAAGUCCUUCAUGAUGAUCAAAUACAUGCACGACCACUACCUGGACAAGUACGAGUGGUUCAUGCGGGCGGACGACGACGUCUACAUAAAAGGUGAAAAAUUGGAGGAGUUUCUUCGUUCACUGAAUAGCAGUAAACCUCUGUAUCUGGGGCAGACUGGUCUGGGUAAUAUUGAAGAACUCGGAAAACUGGGGCUGGAGCCUGGAGAAAAUUUCUGCAUGGGAGGGCCAGGAAUGAUCUUCAGCCGGGAAGUUCUCCGGAGGAUGGUGCCACAUAUAGGUGAAUGCCUUCGAGAAAUGUACACCACUCAUGAAGAUGUGGAAGUGGGCAGGUGUGUCCGGAGGUUUGGAGGAACUCAGUGCGUUUGGUCCUAUGAGAUGCAGCACUUGUUCCACGAAAACUAUGAACACAACCGCAAGGGUUACAUUCAAGAUCUUCACAACAGCAAGAUCCACACAGCCAUAACACUUCAUCCAAACAAAAGACCAGCCUACCAAUAUAGGCUACACAAUUACAUACUGAGUCGCAAAAUUUCCGAACUGCGCCAUCGGUCCAUCCAGCUCCAUCGAGAAAGUGUUGUGAUGAGCAAGCUCAGUAACACUGAAGUAAAUAAGGAAGAUCAGCAACUGGGAGUGGUGCCGUCUUUCAAUAAUUUCCAGCCACAUGAAAGGGAUGAAGUCAUUGAGUGGGAGUUCCUGACAGGAAAGUUUCUUUACUCAAUGGUGGAGAACCAGCCACCCCGGCAGAGCCUGAGCAGCGUCCUGCAGGCUGCACUGGAUGAUACUGUGAUGCAGGUCAUGGAAAUGAUAAAUGAGAACUCCAGAUCUAGAGGAAGGCUCAUUGACUUCAAGGAAAUACAGUAUGGGUACCGCAGGGUAGACCCUCUGCAUGGAGUAGAGUACAUCCUGGAUUUACUGCUUUUAUACAAAAGGCACAAAGGAAGGAAAGUUACAGUUCCAGUGAGACGCCACACUUACCUUCAGCAAUUGUUUAGCAAACCUUUCUUCAAAGAAGCAGAGGAGCUGGAUGUGAAAAGCUUUCUGGAGAACACCAACACUGACACUCAAUCCUUCUCUUUCCUUUCAAAUUCUUUAAGGAUGUUUUCCUCAUCAUUCCAAGGCACCAAAGACAUUGGGAGACACAGUGACAAGAAAAUACAUAUUCUUGUCCCUAUCACAGGAAGAUUUGAUACUUUCUCAAGAUUUAUGGAUAAUUUUGAGAAGACUUGUCUGAUUCCUAAACAGAACAUAAAGUUGGCAAUAAUUCUCUUCAGUUCUGAGUCGGGACAAGACUCUAGCAAACACAUAGAGCUAAUGAAAGAAUACAGCAUUAAGUAUCCCAAGGCGGAUAUGACCCUGAUUCCAAUGUCGGGAAAGUUUUCUAGAGGUUUAGGUCUUGAGAUGGCCUCCUCUCAGUUUGACAAUGACACUUUGCUGCUGUUUUGUGAUGUUGAUCUUGUAUUCACAUCAGACUUCCUCCAGCGAUGCAGAGAUAACACUAUUCAGGGAGAACAGGUUUACUACCCUAUCAUCUUCAGCCAAUAUGAUCCAAAGGUAAUAUAUGGAGGCAACCCUCCAGCCAACAGUAGUUUUGUUUUCACAAAAAGAACUGGAUUUUGGAGGGAGUAUGGAUUUGGAAUUACCUGUAUUUACAAAAGUGAUCUACUUACUGCUGGUGGAUUUGAUACCUCGAUUCAAGGCUGGGGACUUGAGGAUGUAGAUCUCUUUACUAAAGUGAUAACAUCUGGCUUGAAGGCUUUCAGAAGUCAGGAAGUAGGAGUUGUCCAUAUUUUUCAUCCUGUUCAGUGUGACCCCAAUUUAGAUCCGAAACAAUAUAAAAUGUGCUUAGGAUCCAAAGCAAGUACGUUUGCCUCUACCAUGCAGCUCGCUGGACUCUGGCUACAGAAACAUUUGGGUGUCAGGUACAAUUGGACUCUCUCCUGACAACUCAGCCUAUUUGGCUUUUUAGGGAAGUUUACCUCAUUGCUAUUAUUUGAUUUUGCUGUCGUAAUUUUAAACUCUCUCCUUGUAGUCUUCCAAAGACUGUUGACCUCAAAUGGGGUGACUCUGCUCUUCACUGAUGUUUCUUAUACCUACUGAACUGAUAAGGUGAAUUCCUUCAUAUUUCCCUAAUUUGAAAUUCAGUCUGGUCAUGGAAAUCAUACAAGCCCAUGAAGCAUAUUCGUCACAAGAGACUGUAUUAGAAGAAUGUUGUCUUUCAGUUUUUGGAUUCAGUAUCAUCUUAGUUGCAUUUUUCGGAUUUGAUGUGAUACAAAUAUUUACUGGUGAAGGUACCACAAAAGUGCUUUAUGCUUCUUCUGGGGAUGGAACUCUAAGAUAAACUUGAGUUUUAUAAUUUAUAUGGAGACUUAUAUGUAUAAAGGCUACUUUUCUUCAUAUUUAGAAUUUUUUAAGUAAAUGAAUAACUAUAAUUGUACCUUUAUUUUUUAAAAAAAGAGUAAAGCUGAGGAGCUACUUGCAAAUACAACUGGUACUGGCUACCAAGGUCCUUAAAUGUCUUAUUAUGAAAACUUGACUCCUUGUUAUUCAGUUAAAGUGUAAAUGAACUUUAUUUUCACAACAAACAGGAUUUAAUCAAAUGUUCAUGUAUGCUUUGAAGAUUUUUGAGCCAGCAUCCUUGAUUUGCAGGCAAGAAGAAACUAUGACUCAACAUUAAUGAUAAAGUGCAAGCAUACAGUGUUCUUACUUUGAAACACAUAGGUUGCUCUUUCUCUUUUUAAAAUGGGUCCCUAUUACAUAAUUUUCUUUUACAUUCCUUUCAUAAGGUUGCACUUCUGUGCAGUUAAAAGUUAAAGCUCUAUUCUUUGUUUUACAUUUUGCAUGAAUAUUGGUAUUCAGUAGCAACUUACUGUUAAAAUUAAAGUAACUGUAGAAUAGUUAUUUAAGUUUCAAAAUUUACUAUUGCUGGUCAAAGUUUCUUGCCAAUAUAUUUAUAUUAGUGGAGGUUAUAAGACUGUGUUCAGAUUUAUCUCUUCAAGCAGCCUGAAGUUGUCAUAUUGUGGAUUCAUGAAGUAAAGUAUUUAAAGUAAUUCCAACAGGAGAAAUAAUAAAA